AUUCAGCUCAUUACAGCGCAGCAGGUGACGAGCGGGAUUUGGGAUCUGGAUUUCGGCUCAGGAACGGAGGAAACUUUAAUGUAACGGGAGUCAAUGUGAAAUGGUCCCCGUUUGUCACAGAAGCUGGGACGACAUCACUUGAAAAUAGCGUGUUUCUUUCCUUUUUUUUCCUUUCUUCUUUUUAUAUUUUAACUUAUCUCAGUCCACAAUGAGGGCGCUGACUUUAUUGUGCGUAAUAGUCCUGCUGUGCAAGUCGAGCCUGAGCAAUAGAAACUGCCCGGAUCUGAUCAUUGACAGCUGUCACUGCUCCGUUGAGAGGUCCAAGGAGUUGAGCAGGCAACAGGUCCGAAUCAAAGUUGUGUGCGACGACGUGGAUCUGAUGGACACCUUACAGCCCAGCUUCUUACCCAACAGGACCGUUUCGCUAAACCUGAGUAACAACAAGAUCUCUCUGCUGAGGAACGGCUCCUUCUAUGGCUUGGCUGCCCUGGAAAAGCUGGACCUGAAGAAUAAUUUGAUAAGUACAGUGGAGCCUGGGGCUUUCCGUGGUCUGCUAGCACUGAGGAGACUGGAUCUGUCCAACAACAGGAUUGGCUGCCUUUCCCCUGAAAUGUUUCUCGAUCUGGGUAACCUCUCGAAAUUGAAUUUAUCUGGGAACAUCUUCUCCACUCUGACCAUGGGACUCUUCACACACCUAGCUGCUCUCAGAGUACUGCACUUCAGCGCUGAGACUUUGUUCUGUGACUGUCAGCUGAAGUGGCUGCUCAUCUGGGCUAAAAGCAACUCCGUAAAGAUCGGCAAUGACACGGUCUGCGUUUUCCCUACCCACCUCCACGGCCUGGAGUUUCGCAACCUACGCGAACCGCAGCUCAAAUGUGAUGGACCUUUGGAGAUGCCCCUGUUUCAGCUCAUCCCGUCCCGGAGGCAGCUUGUUUUCCAUGGUGACCGCCUCCCCCUGCAGUGCACCGCUUCCUACUUGGACCCAUCAGUGGAGCUGCUGUGGCGUCAUAACGGGCACAUCGUGACCACGCAGGAAGACCGAGGCAUCUACGUGGAAGAAACCCUCAUUCACGACUGCUGCCUGCUCACAAGCGAGGUUAUUCUCUCCAGCAUCGAUGUGCCCAUUGCUGGAAUCUGGGAGUGCCUGGUGAGCAGUUCCCGUGGCAACACUUCUCAGCAAAUGGAAAUCGUGGUUCUGGAAACGUCAGCAUCAUACUGCCCUGCUGACAGAGUCACCAACAACAAGGGGGACUUCAGGUGGCCAAAGACGCUGGCUGGCAUCCUGGCCUUCCUACCCUGUGCUCCUGCCACCUUUGGCUCUGCCCCUCACCCAUCUGGCAGCGCUCCUCACCCCUCGAGCCGGGCAGAAAAGAAGGCGUGGCGACGUUGCGACCGUGCUGGGCGGUGGGCUGAGGAGGACUAUACUCAGUGCCCUUAUGCCAGUGAACUGACCCGUGUGCUGCAUGAGCUCACCCAGAUACCUAUUAAUACGACCAACGCUCAGCCUUUUGGACAGCAGUUAGUGGCCUUCACCAGCAGGGCGGCGCACUUCACCGAUGUCAUGGAUGUCAUUUAUGUCACCCACCUGGUGGAGAGACUAACGAGGCUAGUGGAGAAACAUAAAGAUCUGGGGGACUAUAUAUCAGACAUUGCCAGCAACAUGAUGCUGGUGGAGGAGCAUAUCCUGUGGAUGGCACAGAAUGAGGCCAGGGCGUGCACUCGAAUCGUCCAGUGUGUGGAGCGAAUUGCUGACCUGGCGCUGACCGGAGACAAUCAGGCCAUUUCUAAGGUAUCUGCUAACAUAGCUCUGGAGGCCUUUCUGAUCCGUCCGUCAAACUUCCACGGUUUGUGCUGCACAGCCCUUCGACAGCCCCCCUCAGCUGCCGCCUCACCCCGUCCUGACAGCCACUCCCACUCUGAUAAGGACAUGAGCAGAGAGCGUGAUGCCGUGGGGGAAUCGUUGCUCAGCUUCAAAUGCCACACUGUCAACAACAGUGGCUCACCGGUCAGUCAGCUAAGCAAGAACUCAGUGGCAGUCGCCUCAAUCCAUUUACCGCUGGCUGGUACGCCUAUCUCUUCCUCGCCGUUGCAAUCUGUUGAUAACUCCACUUGCAAGCUGCAGUUUAUUGUGUUUCGCAAUGGGAAACUCUUCCCUUGCACCGGCAAUUCGUCAAAUCUCGCAGACGACGGGAAGCGUAGGAGCGUUUCAACACCAGUUGCUUUCACCAAAUUAGAUGGGUGCAGCCUCGGGAGCGCCGUGCACUCUGUUACUAUUGCUCUGAGGCACUUCGCGCUGGGUGUAGACCCCACCGCAGCCUAUUGGGAUUUUGACCUGCUGGAUGGACACGGUGGCUGGAGGGCAGAGGGCUGCCACAUAACAGGCUCCGGGGGCAACACGACCACCAUUCAUUGCACCCACCAUAAUAACUUUGCUGUGCUAAUGGAUCUGAAGAAGGUGCUGUCUUUCCCCCCAUACCCUGGGGAGUUUUUGCACCCGGUCGUGUAUGCCUGCACGGCGGUCAUGUUGCUCUGCCUCUUCGCCUCCAUCAUCACGUACAUAGUGCACCACAGUUCAAUCAGAAUGCUCUUAAAAGAGUGGCAGCUCAUCCUCAACACUUUUCUUCUUUGAGUUACAGGGAUAUAAUGAAGUCUGACAUUUUUCACAGAGACACACUUUACAGUAUUAUGUAUAAGCAAAAGUUCAGCAAAGUCAAAGAAGUAACUUGAUGCACCCUCCGUCACCCAAUCUCAGGUCGGGGUCGUGCUGCACUACUCGUCUUUGUCAACCAUGCUGUGGCUCGGGGUGACGGCGAGGAACAUUUAUAAACAGGUGACCAAGAAGCCUCCACAGAGUCAAGACAGUGACCCGCCUCCGCGCCCUAAACAGCCCCUGUUGAGAUUUUAUCUAGUCAGCGGUGGAGUGCCCCUCAUCAUCUGCGGGGUCACGGCAGCUGUCAAUAUAGACAACUAUGGCAGCAGGGAGCAAGCGCUGUACUGCUGGAUGGCGUGGGAGCCCAGUCUGGGAGCGUUCUUUGGCCCUGUAGCUUUCAUCGUCCUGGUCACAUGCAUCUACUUCCUCUGCACUUUCAUCCAGCUACGGCGACACCCUGAAAAGAAGUACGAGCUCAAGCAACUGACGGAGGAGCAGCAGAGGCUGGCUGCUGUCGAUGUGCCGACACACUGCCACCAGGGAGCCGAGCCCGGAGCCCUGGCUCCACCGCCCAGCGGGAGCCACUGCCCCGCCGGCUGCCCUGGCAUUCCCAUCAACCCCGCGCUGCUGGCCAACGAGCACUCCUUCAAGGCUCAGUUAAGAACAGCGGCCUUCACCCUUUUCCUCUUUCUGGCAACCUGGACUUUUGGGGCACUGGCUGUGUCACAGGGCCACUUCCUGGACAUGAUCUUCAGCUGCCUUUAUGGUGCCUUCUCCGUCACCCUCGGCCUCUUUGUCCUCAUCCAUCACUGUGCCAAGCGGGACGAUGUUUGGCAUUGCUGGUGUUCCUGCUGUCCUGGACGAAGCGCCGACGCCUCCUCUGGUGCCCCCGCGCCCGCUCAAACGCGGCCCAAAGUCAACGUGAACGGAGAUACCCCCGGGCACGGCCACGGCCACAGCCACUGCCACCAUGACUCACCUUGUCAGGCUAAAGCUCUAAGCUGCGGCCAUGGCAGCUUAGCUCACUGUAAACACGCUGCCCUUCCUUCCUCACAAAAUCACAUGACGUGUCUAGCGCCAGUGACGCCGUGCUGUGCCGCGCUGCACAGCCAGCAGCUUAUGGAAGAAGAGCCCGCGGCCACGCAUGUGCUGCUGCACGCUGACCCGGAGGGUUACCGGCCGGGGAUCCAGUUGCACCCCUGCCUAAAGAGCAGUGCCAGGACUAAAGGCCGACAUCUCAGCCGCAGGGAUGGGGCCGGUGCUUGUGGAGCGGGGAGUGAGAGGGAGUACGCCUAUCACAUCCCCUCUAGUGUGGAUGGAGGCAGCGUGCACAGCUUACACACUGACAGCCCCCACAGCACACACGAGCGUCACGCCCACAUCUGUCCACACCUGGCCCACGAAGGCCACCAUGACGUGCAUCACACAUGCCACGCUGCUGCAGAGUCCCUGGCAUGCCAUAAUCCCUGCCACAGGCACAUCUGCUGUGCCAAGGCAGACCUUUUCCCUUCUCUGUGCCCGGCAGAAGCAGGAGACACGGGCGUCUUCCUGUGCGGCUGCGGCAAAGUGGCUGAGGAGGACCCCGUGGCAACACAUCACCAUUUGGAAAUGCACGCCCCGCGCAGACAAUCUUACCCUCAGAACCCGCCCAAUCAGAACGGGAUUCUAAAAGGGAGCCUGCACGAGGGUCUCCUCUACACGUCAGACAGCACAGGAAAUAUACGCACUGGACCCUGGAAGAAUGAAACUACUGUGUAGUGUGGGAAGACUGAGAAGAGGGGAUGCAGGCAGCAUUCCUGCUUCUCUUUCUAGGAUAAUAAAAAAAACAAAGAAUUGUAUAACAUUUUAAAACAUCACAAUCAGCGUGGGAUAUUUUUUUAUUUUAAUGUCCUCUUGAUUUUAUGUGUGCUGUUUUACUGUACAGAAUUUCAUUUGAACGCUCUCCAAGGGGGCGUCCACUGACAGAAACCGAAUUUCUUCCAUCACAAUGAAUUUGUGAAAACGUGCGUCGCAUGGCGCCUUCAGAUGUAAUCGAAGGUGUCGCCACUGUUCCAUAUUACUACAGAUCUAUCUCUCUCUAUAUAUACAAGAAAAUGAAUGGUUGUACGUAUGAAUUUGUGUGUGUUAACGCUCAAAGGCAACACGCUGCAAGAUAUUUUUUACACUUUGAAACGCGUCAAAUAGUCUCUGAUGACAGUGAACCUCCAGUACUUAAAAGAACUUCUUGGCAUCCAUGUUUUAGACAACUAAACCAGCAGUUUUAGACUUCAUGGGUAUUUUUGCCAUUCGGUCAAGCAACUGUGAAUAUCUACUAGAGUUUUCUAAAAAAAAAAAAAAGAAAUAUAUAUAAAUAUAUAUAAAGAUACUGUUGCUUACAAGAGAUGUGUGGAUGCCAGUUAAGUUGUGAAAAUUCAAAGCAACAGAAAAAGAGAAGUGAAAUUAAGCAUCCUCUUAUCCAGGUCAGUAUUGAUCGUGCUGUCUAUAUGAUGUCUUCACUGUUGUGUUUCUUUUUUCUUUUCUGUUCUGGAGAGAAUAACGGCACAUCAGCAGCAACAGCAUUGUGUGUUGAAAGUUACUGUCAGUGAGUCAUUGGAUCCAUUGUGCCAUAAAGAGCCAGGUCCUCACAGCAAAGUUCAUUGCCAAACCGGUGUGCUGGUUUUUAUUCCGUUCAGCUCAGUUUGCACACGCUUCAUGUGACGGUAUCACAUCAGCUUAUGUUUCUCUGUACAAUCAAUCUAGAAAAAAAAAAAACAGCAACAACAAUAACAGCAAGCUGCGUCAACAUAACUUUGGGAAACCAGCCCAGCGUCCUGCAAUUUUCCCUCCUAUUAAAAUGCUAAUAAAAUAUUUCAGACUCACCCGACAUUGGCCGAAGCCAAAAAAAAUGAUACAUGGCAGACACCAGAGCAAAUUCGGCCCUGUUUGUGUUUUAUAAAUUUAUAAUUUGUCUUAUAAAAGCUCCAACGCAUGCACGCUUAUAUGUAGCUGUGUUUUAAUGGUGUAAAUGAAUGCCUCUCCACAGACAUAUCGUUUGACUCGACCCAAUGCAGCUUGCCAUGUGUCCUUUUUUGAAGCACUUGUGGAUUAUUUCACU